GAAUACACGGUGAUGUUGACAUGAAACAUCCGCAUUUCUGUUUAAAUACAUGACUUUCUUGUUAAAACGCAGUGAAUUAAGGAUGACAGACUUUCGUCAUAAUGCUUUGUCGUUUUCAUGUUUGCUGCUUUUCGUAAACCUGUGUGUGUCGGAUCGGGUCGAGGGGGGGAAGUCUGUGCAGCUUCUGGACAAUGUGGAGAAUAACCAGCAACAUCAGGGUCAAAUUCCACGUGAAAAUAAACAAACGCCAAAACAUAAUGAAGAUGCACCCUACUCAAACGACCAUCAGAAGGAUGGACAAUCUGGCAGCAAGUCUAAUGAUACCACUGAGAGUUACAGCAAUGAGACCUUGCACACGACAUCAACGCCCCCCAAGCCGACUACACUGGCACCGCCGACCCCCAAGCCCAUUCUGCCUGUGCAGACAGGGGUCAAGGCCCAAGAGGAGGAACAAUCCAGUGGGAUGACCAUAUUUUUCAGCCUUCUCGUUAUUGGUAUUUGCAUCAUAUUGGUGCACCUGCUUAUCAAGUUCAAGCUGCAUUUUCUUCCCGAGAGUGUGGCGGUGGUGUCUCUUGGAAUUCUAAUGGGAGGCUUCAUUAAGAUCAUUGAGUUCCAGGAACUGGCCAACUGGAAGGAGGAGGAAAUGUUCCGACCCAACAUGUUCUUCCUUCUGAUUCUUCCGCCCAUCAUCUUUGAAUCUGGUUACUCUCUGCACAAGGGUAACUUCUUCCAGAACAUCGGCUCCAUCUGCCUGUUUGCCGUUAUUGGUACCGCUAUCUCUGCCUUCAUAGUUGGAGGAGGUAUCUAUUUCCUUGGUCAGGCUGAUGUGAUCUAUAAGAUGAGCAUGACGGACAGCUUUGCCUUUGGCUCUCUAAUCUCCGCUGUGGAUCCCGUAGCUACGAUUGCCAUAUUUAAUGCGCUCAAUGUGGACCCGGUACUCAACAUGUUGGUGUUUGGUGAGAGCAUCCUCAACGACGCAGUCUCCAUCGUCCUCACCAACACAGCCGAAGGCUUUUUUUCCCGCUCUGACAACUCGAUGGUAACAGGCUGGGAGACUUUUAUUCAAGCGCUUGGGUAUUUCCUUAAAAUGUUCUUCGGCUCAGCCGCCCUCGGGACCCUAACCGGACUCAUUUCAGCUCUUUUUCUGAAACACUUCGACCUGAGAAAGACACCAUCCCUGGAGUUUGGCAUGAUGAUAAUCUUUGCAUACCUUCCCUACGGUUUGGCAGAGGGAAUCAAGUUCUCUGGAAUAAUGUCCAUCCUGUUUUCAGGGAUUGUGAUGUCUCACUACACCCAUCACAACCUCUCUCCUGUCACCCAGAUCCUGAUGCAGCAGACGCUGCGCACAGUUGCCUUCAUGUGUGAGACAUGUGUGUUUGCCUUCCUCGGCCUCUCCAUCUUCAGCUUUCCACAUAACUUUGAAAUAUCUUUCGUCAUUUGGUGCAUUGUGCUGGUUCUUCUUGGCAGAGCAGUGAACAUCUUCCCUUUAUCGUUCCUGCUCAACUUUUUUAGAGACCACAAGAUUACACCGAAAAUGAUGUUCAUCAUGUGGUUUAGUGGCUUGAGAGGUGCCAUCCCCUACGCUUUGAGCCUUCAUUUGGGGCUGGAGCCCAUCGAGAAGCGACAGCUGAUCGGCACCACCACCAUCAUCAUUGUGCUGUUUACCAUCCUGUUCCUCGGCGGUGGGACCAUGCCGCUCAUCCGCAUCAUGGACAUCGAAGAAAGCCAGUCGCGGCGUAAGAACAAGAAAGACAUCAAUCUCAGCAAGACACAGAAAAUGGGUAACACCAUCGAAUCAGAGCAUCUAUCAGAGCUAACGGAAGAGGAGUACGAGGCUCAUAUCUACCAGAGACAAGAUCUGAAGGGCUUCAUGUGGCUUGAUGCUAAGUACCUUAACCCAUUCUUCACUCGCAGACUCACCCAAGAGGACCUGCUACACGGCCGGAUCCAGAUGAAGACUCUGACCAACAAGUGGUACGAGGAGGUUCGCCAGGGACCGUCGGGCUCCGAAGAUGACGAGGAUGAAGCAGAACUUCUGUGAGCAUUUUUAGCUCAUAUGAAAACAGCGCCUGGACGUGACGGGUCCUGGCCUGUGGACGCGUCCCUCCGUGAAGCCGAGCAUCCAUAUCACUGUCGGCAACAUGCAGGUCUUCGUUCUUCAGCUGCUUCUUGGUCAGAAGGAUCUUAUUCAGUGCCUGCGUUGGGUUCUCACAAAUGCUGGUCUGUGUGAAAUUGAGAUGGGAUUUGAAAACUGUGACACUGGAUGAGGAAAGAAAAUAUAACUUUUUGUUCUGAAUCCCAUAUUGUGUAAUCCACUGACCUUCUUAACACACUGGGACUUUUUCUGUUUCUUUUAUCACGGUUUUGGUUCAAAAUGAAAGCAGAAGAGAAAUGUACUUGUCAUUUUCUAUGUAAAUCACUAAUAGAGCACCUUUUCUCUUGUUCUCUUUAUAUUUGUGUUUCAUUGCUAUGUGGCUUAAGAUCAUUCAAGUUCUGUCUGAAGUUUUAUUUUCAUGUUACGAGGAUAUAAGAACAAUGCUGCUACAGGCGAGAUUUUAUUAGUGGGACUUGUAAUAGGCCUCAAGUUUACAUACCUUUCUAACUAGAUUUAAUUGUCUCUUUGCCUCCACGUUUACAUGCUUUAAUGACUGUGAAUUAAUUUAUUUAAAAUAAAUAAAUAUUCAUACAAAUGUUAUAAAGAUGGAAUACAAGUGAACAAUGAGCUACAGCUACACCCCUAGAGAGUUUAAAAAAAGUGUUUGGGAAAGUUAAUAACUUUCAAGACAUUAAAAGCUCAAUUGCAAGAGAACAAUUAUGUCUCGGCAAUUGGAAAAUUGCUUACAUUUUCCAAGGAAGGAUGUUUAUUUUCACUUUCUGGUGAGGCUUUUGCUUCCACACUGUCUCAAGUGAGCCUUGAAAUGUUCCCUGUGCAAGUUUCACCACAGAUUUAUUGUAAAGAUGGGCACAAAUGAAUGUGGGUCUUUUAUUCAUAUUUAUUUAUGACAUAUGUUGUUUCUGGGUUUUUGUACAAGCUUAAAAAAUAUAUAAUAAAUCAUCU